UCUUGCGAUCAGUUCCACGACACCUUCUCGUUUCUUAGAAUGAAAGACCCCUUCUUCGUUCCGCCGAUACCAUGGCUCUCCGAGCUGGUGCAGCCGUGGAGUGACCGCCUCAACCUCCCGUCAUUGCCACGGCACAUCCACGAAGUCGUCCUGUCCGCGCUCUUCUAUACCCUCAUCUUCUGGCCCGUCUCGCCCAUGCUGUCGAGAUUGCUGGCACCUCAACACUACAACAAGCUGUCCCGGAAACGACGGUUGAACUGGGAUGCCCACGUCGUGUCCUUUAUCCAGAGCACCUUGAUCAAUGUCGUCGCCAUUUGGGUCAUGGUUGUCGAUGAGGAAAGGAAGAAUAUGGACUGGGAAGAGAGGGUAUGGGGCUAUACUGGCGCUGCCGGUAUGGUCCAGGCCUUGGCUGCUGGGUAUUUCGUAUGGGACUUGUUCGUGACCAGCCUGAACCUCGACGUAUUUGGGCUGGGAACUCUGGCGCACGCCAUAGCGGCUCUGCUGGUUUACACCCUUGGCUUUCGCCCCCUCGUCAACUAUUACGGAUGCGUCUUCAUACUCUGGGAGCUUUCGACGCCUUUCCUCAACAUUCACUGGUUCUUCGACAAGGUCAACAUGACUGGAUCCCGCGCGCAGCUCUACAACGGCAUCCUCCUUCUCUUCAGCUUCUUCUCUUGCCGGCUCAUAUAUGGCACCUUCCAGUCGUUUUGCGUAAUGAGAGACAUGUGGACUGCCGUCAAUUCUCACCCGACCAAGGUGUCCAUUGCCGAAUCGCCAGUCAUGGAAUUCGCAACACAGGAAUCGACCGUUCAGGCCUGGCUCGCAAUCUCGUAUGUCAUGUCAAACCUGACACUCAACUCGCUCAACUUUUACUGGUUUGUCAUGAUGAUACGGGCGGUCCUCAAGCGGUUCAAGCCCAACGAGAAGCUUGCCAUCACCGAGGCCGAAGUCGACCUGUCGUCGAUUGCCUCUGGUGUGUCUCUGGGUUCUGGGGCGCAGCGUCGCAAGCAGGACAAGUCUUGA